AUGCCCGCUCUUACAGUCAAGACAGACGCGUUACCACAGUCUUCAAACCGCUCAGCAUCGCCUGUACGCCCUCCUAUAUCACCAAUAACUCCGCCACUUGCCGCCACAAAACUCCCCGGCGAUGCGCCGUCUGCGUCUACGCUGCCACCACGUCAGGGCUUUACGCAUACGACACAUCCUGCUCAAGCAUCAUCUACCCUACCCCCAGCUCCUGAGCCUAUAGAUUUCUCGGCAAAUCCAGAUGCUAUAGCUCUAAAGUCAGCCAUCUCCGUGUUGCAAGUCCAGCGCCAACGAGCUACGGCAGACAUUCAGGCUCUAAGUCGGGCAAAGGAUGAUGCAGUCCGCGAUCCUGAAGCAUUUGUCAGCGAUCUUGUUGCUGGCAAGGUAAAUGCGCCGCAAUCUCAAGUAUCAUCAAACUUGGACGAUGAUGAAGCCGAUCCGUCACAGGCUGCCCAGCGUUCAUGGGCUAGUCUACCCAAGCCACAGGAUAUUGUCAGAUGCCCGCCGAUAAAUUGGUCACAGUAUGCUGUUGUUGGUGAGUCUUUGGAUAAGUUACACGCCGAGCAAAUAGACAGACCAGUACAAGGCAGCCCUGCAGUCACUGGUCCGGGUGGUGUUUUUGAGUUUCGUGGAGAAGCAGCUGGUGUAUCGAAUCAGCCUCGUGCAGAGCGAUACAUUGGGGUCGCUGCGCCAUACGCGCCAGGGCGAGACAAGAUCGAUGGCAAAUCAAAAGGAAAAAAGUAG